GGGGCUGACUUCGAAGGAAAAGGACAAAUUACAUUUUAGAAAUUCAAAAUUGGCUAAUAGAUUGGCCAAUCACAACUUAGAACGGAAAAGCUUUGCCAAGACACCCAGCAUCGUAGUUUGAAUCCCAUCGCCUUUCUGUGUCACGAGAGAAAAUAGACAACAAUGUUCGAGUUAACGUGAGAGAUUACUUUGCUCUGAAGAUGGUGGUGGAAGUGGAGAAUUUCUUUGGUGUAUAUAUGCUGUACUGCACCAACCCUAAAUUCAAAGGGCGGAUCUACAUUGGUUUCACUGUGAAUCCUGAGCGUCGCAUUGGACAGCACAAUGGGGGGCGCCAUAGAGGAGGAGCCAAGAGAACAAGUGGCCGUGGACCUUGGGAAAUGAUUUUAAUUAUUCAUGGAUUCCCUUCAGAUAUUUCUGCCCUUCGUUUUGAGUGGGCUUGGCAACAUCCACAUUCUUCACGACGCCUUGGCCAUGUGUCCCGGAAAACCAGGAAGGAGUCUAGCUUUGAUUUUCACUGGCGGGUCGUUUCACAUAUGUUACGAGUGGCACCUUGGAAACGACUGCCUCUCACUGUGAGAUGGUUGCGCCAGGAAUAUCGUCGUGAUUUUGAUCCAGCACUCCAGCCACCUCUGCACAUGCCAAUAGCAUUUGGAAGCGUCAGGGCCAAGAGGAACAAAACUUCAAGCCAAAGUGAAGAUCAACAAGAAAUACAGGCAGACAGGGGAAGGUGUUACCUGUGUAAAGAAAAAAUACAGACACCCACCCAUUCAAUUACCUGUUUCUUGCCAUCUUGCUCUAUGAUAAGCCAUGUGAUCUGUCUGGCACAGGAGUUUCUGAAAUAUGAACCAGGACAUCUUAUUCCCAUUGAAGGAAAGUGCCCGAGUUGUAAAAACCAGGUGCUGUGGGGAAAUCUUAUUCGACAUAAGAAGGGAUGUUAUGGAGACCUCGAGGAAAUUGCAUCUUCUCAGAGUCACUGGGUAGAUGAUUUGUAGUUCUGAAAAUCCUACAGCUUAAGAAUGACCAGAUCUCAUGUGAGCUGAGAAUUUGGAGACAGAGAGGUGGCAGUGCAUUCAGGAAGAAUAUUAACAUCUGCACAACAUGUCUUUCUCUGCUGCCAAUACCUUACCACAUAAAUAUGGUGGUUUUUGUUUAUGUGCUGCACAAGACUGUAUCUUUUUGUUCAUUUUUUUAAUACUACCUCUGUAAUAACCAUGAAACAUUUUCCUUUCAAAAUGUGAAUGAAUUUUGUUGAACUGGUCACAAGGUUUUACAUUUUUUUCACAAUAAUGGCAAUGACAAAUGAUAUUGUAUUUAUAUUUGUGACUGAGUCUUUAACUCUUAAGUGUAGCUUAUACAGUAUCUGUCCAUUUUUAAUAACUCUUUUAAUGACGUGUCUCUUAAUUUCCCAUUUCUUAAAAAUGUAAAUGAUGGAAAACCUUUACAAAUAUGUGGGAUGGCAGAUAAAAUUAUAUCUUCAA